AUGUUGAGAAAUACCCAGCUCAAAGAACUUCUCCACGGGCUAGCAAGCAUACGCUUUGACUCCAAAUAUAGCGACCUUACCAUUGUGUGUGGCGACGAAGAACACGCUGUGCACAAAUGCAUAGUUUGCCCAAGGUCGGGCUUCUUUGCCGAAGCUUGCGAUGGUGGAUUCGAGGGAUUGACCAUAAAUCGGGUUGUAUUAGACGAUGAGCCGACUCUAGUCAAGCAAAUGGUCGAGUAUCUUUAUACUCUGGACUACCACGUGGAGGUUCUUUCCCAACAAACGGAUCCUUCUCCACAAUCAAACGGAGAAGCGGGCGAGGAUAACCCGGAACAGCUCGAUGGCAUAGACGAAGAAGCAGCGACCGCAUGCAAUACCUUGUCGGUUCACAUAUCGAUGUACUCACUUGCAGACCGAAUGUGCAUCCAUGGGCUCAAGGCUCUCUCAAAGGAAAAGCUUGAAAAGGAGCUGACUCGGCGGCAGCUGGACUCGAGCACGUUCCCGCAUGCCACCCAUGAGAUAUACAAAUCAACAACUGCAAGCGACCAAGGUUUACGGGACCUGAUAGUGAAAAUUACCAUGGACAACCUUGUAUGCUUGAGAACUGGAUCGAAAACCACUGAUCCCACAGAGGCGGAAACCGGGGUGGAAUCAGGACCUGUGGCUUUUACCGACUCCCUGGUGAAAUCCGUCCCACAGUUUUCGUCUGAUUUGGCUGUGGCAAUGAUGGACAGGACGGUUGCCGACUGGAAUCGCCAUGGGAUGUGUAAGCCGAACUGGGUUCGGCAGGAUAACUAA